AUGUCCCUCAACAAGUACGAGCCUGUGGCAUCAUCCAGCCGCACCAAGAGCCUCUCUGUGCUUGUUCUUGGCCUUGUGACAAUCGGCGGACUCGCAUCCCUUACCCAGUGCUCUGCACACCCUACUUCCCAGCCCAAGCAAGUGCGUUUUAUGCGUCGGGCAACCGGCACCGAAGCGACGGUCGUGAAUCUCCUGAACGCUGGGUUCAACGAAUCCAACACAGUGGCAUGGGACCGGCUGGCCGAAAUGACCGACCUGUACGGCAACCGCAUGACCGGCAGCAAGGCCUACGACAAGAGCGCCGAGUGGGUGGUCAAGACGGUCAAGAAGCACGACAAGGACUUUUCGGUCUGGACCGAGCCCGUGUGGGUCAACCGGUGGGAGCGCGGCAGCGAGUCCCUGCGCUUGUAUGUGCCAACGCGGCCCAACGGCUCCGUUGACAUUCCAGUGCUGGCCCUGGGCAAUUCCGUGUCGACACCCAAGAAGGGCAUCACGGCCAAGGUCAUCCCGCUGGGCAAAAAGGUGAUUUCGGGCAACAUCGUGCUGUACAACUUCCAUUUCACAAAUUACGGCGAGGUGGUCAAGUUCCGGAGCCGCGGCGCCCAGGAGGCGGCUAAAUACGGGGCGCUGGCGGCGCUGGUGCGCACGGCCACGCCAGACUCGUCGGUGGCGUCGGUGCACACCGGAAACUCGGCGCGCACGACCAUCCCGGCUGCGUCGAUUUCGCCGGCGGAUGCCAAUCUGAUCGAGCGCCUGUACAAGCGCGCGGAGGCGGGCGAAUCCGGCUUUGUCCACCCGAAGGUCAAUCUGGCACUGCAGAACACAUUCAAGGAGAACGCAACCCAGUCGGCCAACAUCAUCUUUGAUCUGAAGGGCAGUGAGCGGCCCGAUGAGAUUGUGCUGCUGUCGGGCCACUUUGACUCGUGGGAUGUCGGCGAGGGCCGGCGGCCGAAGCGCACUGUGCGCGUGGUCAUGUGGAACAACGAGGAGACGCUGCAGCGCGGCGCCCAGGCGUAUUUCGCCCAGCACAAGAACGAGAUCGCCAAGCACAAGUUUGCUAUUGAGAGCGAUAUCGGUGUGUUUGAGCCCUGGGGCAUGGACGUCCAGGCCGACCAGAAGGUGAUUGACACGCUGGUUGGGUACGGCAAGGACUAUGUGAAAGUGCUGGGCGCUGGCAACAUCACCAAGGCGGAGGAGCCGCCAGCUGAGGACAUUGCGAUUCUGUGCGAGGCUGGUGUCCCCUGCGGCGGGUGGUUGAGUGUCAAUCCCGAGGGCAACUUGGCGCCCGACCACCCGAACUGGGGCGACCACUACUUCCGCCACCACCACGCCAACAGCGAUCGCGUCGAGGUCAUUGAUGCUGGCCAGCUCAGACGCAGUGCUGCGGCACUGGCAGCCUGGGCGUAUCUAAUUGCUGAUGCGGAGUAACUAUUUUUAAACAACCUUGGCUUCCUCCAUAUCGUGAACAAUCAACCCAGCACUUACUACAUGUCCUCAAUAGCAUACCUUUAUAUGCAUCCUAUAGUGUUGCAUUCUCGCCAUCCUUUUUGGCGUGUC